UACGAUCAAAAUCAAACCAAACACUGCCUCUCAUCUCCUUUUUUGUCCCGUUUUGGAGUGAGGAAUAGAAAGAGAGAGUAUGAGUAACGUCACAGAAAAAUUGGGCAUCAAGAUUGAGAGAAACCCUUCUGAGGAAAAACUCACUCAACUUGGUGUUAGGCAAUGGUCCAAAUGGAAUUGUUCUCCAAGCAAAUUCCCAUGGACGUAUGAUUCCAAAGAAACAUGUUAUCUUCUAGAAGGAAAAGUUAAGGUAACACCAAGUGGAGCAAAUGAGUCAGUUGAAUUUGGUGCUGGUGACUUGGUUGUGUUUCCUAAAGGGAUGAGUUGUACUUGGGAUGUUUCUGUUGCUGUGAACAAGCAUUAUCUCUUUGAAUAAAUCUUAAAUGUGUUGUUCCCCUAAUGAAUGAAAUAGUAGGACUUUAAUGAACUGAAUUGGCAUAAUGUCUUGGUAAAAUAAGAACUUUGAAGUGGGUGUUAGCUUUUGUUGCUAAA